AUGGCUUCCAGACGCAUGAACGUCCUGAUCUAUGCCGACAGCGGUGCAACCGUUAACUCCGUCCGCCACGCGACCUACACCUUGCGCCGCCUGCUUGGAUCCAACUAUGCUGUCCUCACCGUCACCGCCGAUCAGAUUCUUAAGGAGCCGUGGACGGCUAGCUGCGCACUUCUGGUAAUGCCCGGAGGCGCAGACAUGGCAUACUGUCGUGCACUUAACGGCGAGGGCAAUCGACGCAUCAGGCAGUUUGUGCAAAUGGGUGGCGCCUAUCUCGGACUGUGCGCGGGCGGAUACUACGGCAGCUCGCGCUGCGAGUUUGAAGUGGGCAAGAAGGGCAUGGAGGUUGUUGGAGACCGCGAACUCGCCUUCUUCCCAGGCAUCUGUCGAGGCCUGGCAUUCCCCGGGUUUGUGUAUGCCAGUGAGGCGGGUGCACGAGCUGUCACCCUGCUGCCAGACCGGGGCGCGCUCGGGAUGGAGCCAUGCAGCACGUUUCGAAGCUACUACAAUGGCGGAGGAGUAUUUGUGGAUGCUUCCACGUUCAAAGACCGAGGCAUCGAAGUCCUCGCAACGUACGCAGACGAGUUGGCCGUCGACUCUGGGGAGGGUGGAGCGGCUGUCGUGUCGUGUCAAGUUGGCGAGGGCAUGGCUAUCUUGACCAGUCCGCACCCUGAAUUUGCACCUGCCAACUUGAAUCGAGAUCAGCCGGAUCAACCGAAGUAUGGCGAACUGGUCGAUGCUCUCAUGGACGAUGAAGAGCCGCGCACCGCAUUCAUGAAAGCGUGUCUCACCAAAUUGAGCCUGGAAGUGACACAGGAAGCAAAACCGGUACCUUCGCUCUCUCGUUUGCACUUGUCUUCUUGCCAUCCUUCAGCCAUCACUCAUCUCCUGCAAUCAUGGCGCGAGAAUGGGGUGAUCACCAAAGGUACGGAAGACGGUGGCGAGUGCAUCAAAGGCGAGAACGAUGUCUUUCGCCUCGAGCAGGUCGGGCGGUGGAACAUGUCUGCACUCGUAAGAUCAGUGGCAGAUGUCGUGCCGCAACCCGUGAAAGAUGCCUUGCCCUCGAUCGUCUCUUCCUCUACAUCGAGCGUGACUGCAGACAAUCCAAAUCCACAGGCUGAUACGGCGUCGGACAGGAUCCUCGACUAUAACGCCAUGAUGAAGCAGCUCGUGCCACACGAAUCAGGACUGCCCGAGGGAAAAGAAACACCAUACUUUCAUCACGGAGCGUUCUUCGCAAAUUUAGAGGACUUCCGUACAAAGCACCAGAAAGAAUCGAAUGGUACAUGGGGCGAUGUGCUGCUGUACGGCGAAGUGGUCACCAGCACAAACACCAUUCUUGACAAGAACCCAAGCCUCUCCUCUCAUCUGCCCACAGGCUUCACCGCAACCGCAACCACCCAAGUGGCCGGCAGAGGGCGCGGCAGCAAUGUCUGGGUCUCGCCACACGGAUGCCUCAUGUUCAGCACCGUCAUGCGCCACAGUCUGACCCUCUCAAACACCGCUCCGGUCGUAUUCAUCCAAUACCUCGCCGCUCUUGCCAUCGUCGCCGGCAUCAAAGGGUAUGAUCGAGGCUACGACAAGUUGCCCGUGAAGCUGAAAUGGCCCAAUGACAUCUAUGCGCGGGAUCCAGCGCAGAGCGCAGAGGCCUACUCCAAAAUCGGCGGCAUUCUCGUCAAUUCCUCCUACUCCGGCGGCGACUACACCAUGGUUGUCGGCAUCGGCUUGAAUGUCAACAAUCCUCGACCCUCGCUCUCCCUCACCCAGCUCGCGCAGGCCAGCAAGCUCCCUGCAUUGAGUCUGGAGAAACUACUGGCAUCCAUUCUAGUACAUUUUGAGGAGCUCUACACCCGAUUCUGCCGGAGGGGCUUUGACAGCCAGCUCGAGCAGACAUACUACAACAGCUGGCUGCACUCGGGACAAAUUGUGACGUUAGAGACGGAGAACGGGGCGAGGGCUAGAAUCAAGGGCAUCACUCGCGACUGGGGUUUACUGGUGGCGGAGGAGCUGGGCUGGGAAGACCGGCCAACGGGAAGGAAGUGGGAGCUCCAAAGUGACAGCAACAGUUUUGAUUUCUUGAAGGGCUUGUUGAGGAGGAAGACGUGA